GCUGUGCCCGCCGCUGGGUGGCAAGCCCAGACGUGACUGCAAAUCCUGCCGGGAGCCGUGGGGCUGUGCGGGACGUUCCGAUGAGGCCGUGGCAGCCCCGUCCGAAGAAGUGCUGACCCCCGUUUCCCUCCCGCUGUCCGCAGCCCGCCUGUCUGAUGCCGCAUUGGGCGCGGGGGGCGCCGCUAUGGAGCGCGGGGAUGGAGGCCACGCUCUGCAUCCACACCUGCCUCUGGCUGAGCGCCGCUUGGGUGCCCUUCGCCUCCCCGCACAGCCUGGCCCCAGGCGGCGGGCAGCGCCCUGACGGCCGCCAGCACCAGCUGAGCUGGGCGGUCAGCCUGGAGGCGCCCGACGAGGAGCUGGAGCAGCGGGCGGAGGAGCUGGCGAGGGCGGCGGGGCUGCGGAACAUGGGCCGCGUCGGGGAGCUCCGCGGACAUUACCUCUUCAGCUACCAGCCCCGGGGCCAGGCGGGCGGCGAGCCCGAGGCCGUGCGGCGCUCGGUGGACACUCUGUUCGCACAGCACGACAGCGUGCGGUGGCACUCGGAGCAGAAGCUGCUGAAGCGCUCCAAACGCAGCCUGCACUUUAACGACCCCAAAUACCCCCAGCAGUGGCAUCUGAACAACCGCAAGAGCCCCGGCAAGGACAUCAACGUCACCGGCGUCUGGGAGCGGAACGUCACCGGGCGCGGCGUCACCGUGGUGGUGGUGGACGAUGGCGUGGAGCACACCAUCAAAGACAUCCAGCCCAACUACAGCCCAGAGGGCAGCUACGACUUGAACUCCAACGAUCCCGACCCCAUGCCGCACCCCGACGAGGAGAACGGCAACCACCACGGGACGCGCUGCGCCGGGGAGAUCGCGGCCGUGCCCAACAACAGCUUCUGCACCGUGGGGGUGGCCUACGGCAGCCGCAUCGCCGGCAUCCGUGUGCUGGACGGGCCCCUGACCGACAGCAUGGAGGCUGUGGCCUUCAACAAGCACUAUCAGAUCAACGACAUCUACAGCUGCAGCUGGGGUCCAGACGACGAUGGGAAGACUGUGGAUGGGCCUCACCAACUGGGAAAGGCUGCCCUGCAGCACGGGGUGAUAGCAGGGCGCAGAGGCUUCGGCAGCAUCUUCGUGGUGGCCAGCGGCAACGGGGGGCAGCACAGAGACAACUGCAACUACGACGGCUAUGCCAACUCCAUCUACACUGUCACCAUCGGCGCGGUGGAUGAGACAGGCUCGAUGCCCUUCUACGCCGAGGAGUGUGCCUCCAUGCUGGCUGUCACCUUCAGUGGUGGGGACAAGAUGAUGAGGAGCAUUGUGACGACAGACUGGGAUCUGCAGAAGGGCACGGGCUGCACGGAGGGGCACACGGGCACCUCGGCCGCCGCCCCGCUGGCAGCUGGCAUGAUCGCGCUGAUGCUGCAGGUGCGGCCCUGCCUCACCUGGCGAGACGUGCAGCACAUCAUCGUCUUCACUGCCACCAAGUACGAGGAUCGCCACGCCAAGUGGGACAGCAACCAGGCAGGCUUCAGCCACAGCCACCAGCACGGCUUCGGGCUGCUGAACGCCUGGAGGCUGGUGAACGCUGCCAAGGUCUGGGAGUCUGUCCCCUACUUGGCCUCCUACGUGAGCCCCGUGCUGAGGGAGGGACGCAGCAUCCCCCUGGUGCCACAGGAGCUGGAGGUGGCCUGGAACGUCAGUGCUGCUGACCUGCAGCUCUCUGGCAUGAGGACCCUGGAGCAUGUGGCUGUCACUGUCACCAUCACUCACCCACGCCGUGGCAACCUGGAGGUCAGGCUCUUCUGCCCCAGUGGCAUGAUGUCCCUGAUUGGCGCCACCAGGAGCAUGGACUCGGACCCCAACGGCUUUGCUGAUUGGACCUUCUCCACUGUGCGCUGCUGGGGGGAGGAAGCACAGGGCACCUACAGGCUGGUGGUCAGGGACACUGGAGAUGACAGCCUGAGGCCUGGGACCUUGAAGCAGUGGCAGCUGACCCUGUACGGCUCCUCCUGGUCCCCAGCAGAGAUGAGGGAGCGGCAGAGGCUGCUGGAGGAAGCCAUGAGCGGGAAGUACCUGAGCAGUGACUUCUCCCUGCCCUGCCCUCCGGGGCUGGAGAUCCCUGAGGAACAGCACUACACAAUCACAGCCAACACUCUCAAGACACUCCUGCUGCUGGGCUGCUUCGCCGUGUUCUGGACUUUCUACUACAUGCUGGAGGUUUGCCUGACCAGGAACAGUGUGGGGCUGGACCUGGCCUGCAGCGGCUCCACCGCCUGCAGGUGGUACCAGCAGGGAAGGAAGCACAGAGCCCUGGAGAGCAGCCUGGCGAUGGAGUCGGUGCCGCUGUACCGGGAGAAGGAGGUGGAGGACGUGGAGGUGGAGUGCGAGCACGCUGAGCCUGCCCAGGAGGCUGAAAGGGAGGAGGAGUCCUGGACCCCUACCCACCCCAAGCUGCCCGCCAGCGGCAGAGCCGGGAGCCUGCAGGAGGCAGCCCCUGCCAGGGCUGGGUACCUGGGCCGGGAGGCGACGGCCGAGGACAGGGAGCAUCAGGCCUGCUAGCUGGGGCUGGGGCCCUGCCUCCUGCUGCAUCCUUCCCGAGCGUGGCAGCAGAGACUUCCGGAGCCACCACGGACCGUGGCCACCCUGUCCUGUGGAAGGUGGUGCUGGGAGUGGCUCAGAAUGAGGAGAAAGGCUGCCGGCAGCGGGAGGGGAGCUUCCCCUUCCCUCGCUCUGGGAAACAAAGCAAGCCUUAAACCCAUCCCUGAUGGAGCUGGCACUCAGGGCUUCCCUUUGUGCGUGGAACAAGACCCCAUGGUGAUGCCUCCUGCACGCGUGGCAGCCGUGGUGGAGCCUUGCACAGAACCCCGUGGACACCACAGCUACAGCGACCUUGCAGCACAGCAGGGAAGUGUCACUUUGUCCCCUGGAAAAUAGGGCAGGGCCCCUGGCAGCUGCCUCUGCCAGCAGGGACCCCACAGCACUGUCAUUUGCCCACCCUGCUGGGCUGGGAGCUGGCCAGCACCCACCAGUUCAGAAGCAGGGAUCUAUCCUGCCCAUCUCCAAUGCUUGUUCCUUGUCCCCUGCUCUCUGACCCUGCCACCUCCUCCUCUUUCACAGGCAGGCAAGCAGCUGGGGGGGGGGGGCACAGAAAGCAUUAGGGCAUUGCCAACAUGCUGCUUGUUGGGGGCACAGGACAGGGCUGUCCCUGCUCACCUGGCAUGGCAGCACCUCUGGCAGCAGGUGUGGUGGCAGAGCAGGCACUUCUCGGGGUCAAGGUUUAUGCCCUGUGCCCAGGAGGGCAAUGCCUGCUGCGGGCUGGGAGGGGGAGGCCAAGUUGCUCUGGCAGGGGCUGCCCAGGAGCAGGCUUGGCUCGGUGGUGGCCCUUGGGGGGUUGGGGUGGUUUAUUUUUCUAAAGCUGGGGUUUGUUUUUUUAAUCAGCGAAGCCCUUUUGUGUAGCUUUCCAAAUAAAGCCUUGAAAACUC